CAAUUUGUCCCGCCUCAACGCUCUCCUCUUUUAAAACACUGGUCUCAUGUAUGAUGUUGAAGCAAUUGGACUAUAAAUGCGUAGGUCUGCAACGACUGAGAAUCACCUGAUCCUAGAACCCCUCUCCCAAUUAUCAGUCAGCUAAUCACAAUGACGACUUCUGAUACCAAAUUGAGCAUGAAGCUUUUGAUCGAUAGCGAGGCUGGCAAAGUACUAUUUGCAGAGGCUGAAAAGGAUUGUGUUGAUUUCCUCUUUCACAUUCUCUCGUUGCCUGUGGGUACUGUCAUUAGGCUUCUUAAGGAAAAAGGAAUGAAUGGGUGCUUGCCUAACCUAUACGAUAGCGUGGAGAAUCUGAAUGACACCUAUAUUCAGUCAAACCAAGGCAAAGAUAUCCUUUUGAAACCCAACUCUUCAGUCGGAAUAUGUUCAGUUCCUUUUCUGUUGCUUAAUGACGUUCCGACGACAGAGAAGAUUUUUUAUGGCGGUUCCAAUGGCAGCUGUUGUUAUAAUUCUGAUAACGGCUGUUAUGUUCGUGAUGAUUACUGCAGUUAUGUUUGUGAUGACCCUAGUGCAAGAUGCCCAAGGUGUCAAAAUCUUUUGACAAAAAGGUUGACGUAUGUUGCUCGACCGACAGUGGAUGGAGCUGCUGGGAAAGCUGCAAGGGGUUUUGUGAAGGAGGUGGUGACAUACAUGGUGAUGGAUGACUUGGUCGUUAAGCCUAUGUCCACCAUCUCUAGCAUUACACUUAUCAACAAGUUUAAUGUCAAGGGUGUUGGUGUCCUGCGCGAGAAAGUGGUAGAUUUUGGAAUGGAAGAGGCACUGGAGUUGCUGAAAGCAUCUUUCGAGUUGAAAGCAGUUCUGACUAGUGUUUUCAUGAGCCGUGUAAAAGGGGAAAAAUAGUUAUAUUAGACAUAAUGGAAUUGGAUGUUUCAGUUUAGUAAAUUGCCCUUUAAUGGCUUUCUUUUGUUUCAUUUCCCGCUAUCGUUGAUUAUGCUUUGUAGGUUCUGUUGUCUAUGAUACAUCGCAAAAUCUUACUUUGUCUGGUU